GUCGAGAAUCUUAGAAGAGUUUGGGUGGAGUACGUCAGCAAUGGAGAUCUUCUGUUUGGCAAUUGGCAUCUAGUGACACUUCUGAUCAAUCUUCUAUCAUAUCGGAUCUGGCAGACACUACUCACGAACAUUUGUCGUCUUUCUUUCAUGUGAAUCAAACGCAAUUCAUCCUUGUUCGGGCAUGUGUUCAGUUAUCUUCAAGGUAUAUGACUAUGAUGGCAAUGGGAGGGUAUCCUUCAUUCCUUCAAAGACAUGAUGAUAGUGCUUUAGGAUUUGAGUGGUGGAUACUUGUCACAUACAGAAAGAGUACUUUGCAAAGAGACUAUUGGCUCAGUGAUGUCUUGAUGAGCCAAGCUCUGCAUGAGGCUGGUUAUACAAGGGACUCAUUGAUACUUUUGGAUGACUUCAUUAAGGGUAGGGUGCAGCUGUAUGUAAAAACGAUGUAAGAGAGAGACUAGAAAUUCCUUCAACCAAACAUAGUGUUAGUGAUGGGAUGCAAAUUGUGGAGCUACUAACGGGUAGUCAAAAGGAGCCUGGCUCGUCGAGCUUGAUUCGGCUCGCAUAACCUACACUGAGCCAUGCGACUAUGCCCUAGGGGAAGCAAGAAAUCAAAGGCAAUCAGAUCAUAGAAAACCAAUGAGUAAAUCAUUUCGUUGAGUAUUAAAGAGUAAAUGGGUACAAAGACAAUUCAGCAAACUAUAUGAUACGGCCAGAUAUAUCUUCAUCUUCGUAAGUCAUGGCAAAUCUGUAAUUAAAAAAGUGUUUCAGAAUGAACUUAACACUACGUU